AAGAGGAGGUUUGUGUUGGUGUAGAGAAGCACAGAGGUGAUGAGAAUGAAGUUUUUAUUAAAUACCUCCACGACUGAUUCAAACGCGCAGUAAAGUACCUGCAAGUUUCCGCUUUGCAUUAAAUCAUCGCUGGAGACCGGAGGCGGUGGACCGUGGGAAGCCAGAGAUCCUCUGCGGGAGCAGAUGUACCGUGGUCGGCCUCCGCCGAUAGGAGGCUACCCGCCGCCUUUCGAGGGCCGAGGCCCGCCUCCGAGGCCUUACCCGGCUCCGGGCUACAGAGACGACAGAAACCGGCCCAGGCCUCCGUACCACACCGGCUACCACGACCAUGCUCACCCGGACUCCUAUCGCCGCUCCCCGCCGCGCAGGAGGUACCCUUCCCCCGGCUCAGGAAGUCACCGAGGCGGAGAGUACUGGGCCGGUGGGCUGCCGAAAGAGAGGUCUUCGUCACCUCGCGGGUCAGUUCCCCUCGACCACAACCUGGUCAUCACCGUCGGCAACGAGCUGACCGGACCGUCGGGACCGGCCCCCUCCUGGCACCAUGACAGAGAAUACCCUCCUCGACCAGAGUACGAGCGGAGCCGGAGCCGGGGCCGGAGCCGCCCUCGCAGCCGGAGUCGAGACCGGAGUCGGGCCAAGAGUCGGGGACGGAGCAAGAGUCGGGCGAGGAGCAAGAGCAGGCCCCGCAGCCAGAGUCGCAGUCCGGACCGGAGCCGGGCCAAGAGCCGGGGACGUAGCAAGAGCCGCAGUCCGGACCGGAGCCGGGCCAAGAGCCGGGGCCGGAGCAAGAGCCGCAGUCUGGACCGGAGCCGGGCCAAGAGCCGGGGCCGGAGCAAGAGUCGCCACCACAGCAGGUCUAGGUCUAGGUCUAGGUCUAGAUCCAGGUCCAGGUCCAGGUCCAGAGGACGGAGCCGGGGCCGGAGCUACGGCAAAGCGGCGAGCCGCGGCCGCAGUAAGAGCCGGCAGGUUAGUCGAAGCCGCAGUCGCAGCACAAGCAGCGGCUCGAGCUCAAGCGGCCGCAGCGGAGACGACGGCGACGCCAGAUCCAGAAAGGAGUUCAAAGAGCUCGAGACGGCUCGACGCAGGAAGGAGCUGGAGGAGAUGCUGAGUCUGCCGACGAAAUCCAUCCUGAAGAAACGCAACGACGCCGAGGACUCGCCGUCGCUCAGGAUCUCGGACUCUCCCGGAGCUCUGGAGGGCUCCAACAUGUGCCGGGUGGCCGACCAGCUGCUGCUGGCCGUGAAGGGCAUGGAGCCUCACAGGGUGGCCUCCGUGCUGUCGGAGCUGCGGUCCGACCCGCAGACGGCUCAACGCGCCGGCCUCGACGACGAGAUCAAAGAGAUCCUCAACCUGCUGGGAGGACAGGCGGCGGGGGCCAAGGCUCGAGAGAAAUCCGAGGACGACAUCGACGACGAAGAGAAGUUCCUGUACGGAGAGGCGGAGGAUCCCAAACCUCCGCCGGCGUCCGAGCCGCUCCGACACCACGGGCUGGAUCUGUACGGAGAGGUGACGGAGGAGGCGCUGUAUGGCGACUACCCCUCGCAGCAAGCCGUCGUCGCGCAGACGUACGGCCUCCCACCGGGAGCCUCUCCUCAAGUUCAGGCCCCUCCCGCCGCGGGGGAGUUGGACGCGAGGUACGCGAGCCGGCCCGUCAUCAGCUCCGACCAGAACAUCACGAUCCAGGUGUCGAACCCCGCUUACCCGCCGGGGACGGAGCCGUUGGAGGAGGGCGAGCGUCAGGCACUGGAGGAGUACGAGAAGAUCCAGGACCUGCUGAAGACCAUCGGCCUGGACUUGGGCGUGGCCGAGAUCAGCGAGAUGGCGGCCAGGACCAAAGAGCGUCUCCACGGUAACAAGCCUCCCCCGAAGACGCCCGCGCGCCGCGGGCGUUACUCCUCCGGUAGCUCGGACGGCAGUCGCCACAGCCGGGGCUGCAGGAGGCGGAGCCGCAGCAGCAGCAGCAGCAGCGGCGGCGGCAGCAGCAGCAGGAGUCGCAGCUGGAGCAGCGACGACGGCCGCAGGAAAAGCUCUGCCCCCCCCCUGUCUCACAACGACAGAGACGUUAAAGAGACGAAGGCCGAGCGGAGCGCCGCAGCGCCGCAGAGAAACCCAGACCCCAAGACCGUCCCCCUUCACCCCAGGGUGCCCGUACCCACCUACCCCCCCUCACAGAUCCACGGCAUGAUGCCCCCUAGCUUCCCCCCGCCGGGUUACGGCCAGUACGCAAACUACCUUCCCUACGUGCACCAGCAGUGGCCGCCCAUGUACCCGCCCCCCAACAUGACUCUGCCCCCCCAGACCGUCCCCGACGAGUACCCCCCCACUCCGCCCUACAAACAGCCCUACGACAGAGCUGCCCCCGUGCCGGGGGCCAAAGGUCAGUCUGAUCAGGGUGAUGGAUUAGAGAAGGGAAAAGUCAGCAGCCAUGACAGGAGAGUGUCUGAGGAGCAGAACAACGAGAGCCAGAAACAAAAGGUUCUGGAAGAGAGAGAGAAGCUGAAGCAGGACAGAGAGAUCAGGAUGAAGAAGAAGGAAUAUCUGAUGAAGGAGCUGGAGAGACUCAGGAAGCAACAAGGCGAGCUCCUGAGGAAGAAGCGGCGGGAGAAGGGCGGCCACAAAGACCCUCUGCUGCAGGAGAUCAGCCACCUGCAGGAGGAGGUCAUGACUCAGAUCUCCAACCUGCGUAAAGAGCACGAGGCCGCCGAGAAGAAACGCAACGAGAUCGACAAGGUGGCGCUCAUCCUGGGCCUGAGCCCGUCCGACCGGCCCCGCGGGACCGGCAAGCCGGCCGAGGACGGGGAGGGCGAACCGCCGCCGGAGAAGAAGAGACGCGAGCCGGAGAGGAGUCCCGAGGGCCGGCGGGCAACCGGCAGCUCCACGAUAAAGCAGACCUCAGCGGCGGCGGCGGCGGCGAGAGCGUCCCCCGACAAGCCGCCCGUCAGCGCCCCGACCGCGCCGCCGGAGCCGUUUGAAUACUACGACGCUGGAAAUCACUGGUGCAAAAACUGUAACGUCACCUCUGGCUCCAUGUUUGAUUUUUUCACACACUUGCACAGCAAAACACAUCGAAAGACUCUGGACCCGUACGAACGGCCCUAUGCGUCCACUCCCACCAAAACCGCCAAGAGCGCGGCGUCAGAGGAGAGGCUGACGAAACCCGCCAAAGGUUCAGAGUUCUUGCUGCCCGUCAGAGGAUUCUUCUGCCUGCUGUGUGAAGAGUUUUAUGGAGACGCCAUUUGUGCAGAAGAGCACGUCACCACACACGCUCACAAUGAGAAAUACAAGAAACAAAUGUACGAGAAUCCCUUGUAUGAACAGAGGAGGAACCUGGACCGCCAGGUAGGACUGGCCUCAGAGACAAGCGGCAAGAAACGCAAACACGAGGACGAUGAGAACGGAAACAAAGACAAGGAAGAAAAGUCCAAACACAAAAAGGAGAAAAAAGACAAAGAGAAAAAAAAGGAAGAGGAUGAUGCUGUCCAGAAUGAAGGGAAGUCUAAAGUAAAAAAGGAGGAGGAGGAGAAGCUGAAGCAGGAUUUUAAAGAUGUCAGAAGCCUGAAUGAGGAGAGACCUUCUUACAGCAAGAAAGAGGAGGAUGAAAAGUAUAAAUACAGCAAGAAGGAUGACAAAUACCGGUACAGCAGAGAGGAAGAGGAGAGGGGUAAAUACAGCACGAGGGGCGAGGAUGACAGAUUCAAAUACAGUCGAGAAGAAGAGCAUCGGUACCGGUAUCGCAAGGAUGAAGAUGACAGACCUGAUGACGGUCCCAAAUAUGGGCCGAGAGAAGACGAGGACAAAUAUAGAAACAGUAAAUCCUCAGAUUUCAGGUCCAAAUAUGACAGAGAGCGAGCUGAAGGGAAAGCUAAGGCGGACAAGGAAGCCGGCAAGAGGCUUGAGCCGGGUAAACCGGUCGGGAAAUCAGAGGUCAGCAAGCCCGAACCUCCGCCAAAGCCCUACGACCCACCCAAAAUCCUCUGUGGGCCCAGUCCAGCCAUGAGGGCAAAGCUCCGCAAGCAGAGCCUGGAAACCGGCAAACCGGCGCCGGUGGCCAUGGCAGCUUCUUUUGGAAAGUUCACGUGGAAAAAGAAAGAGAACGUUCUGGCAAAGGAGGCACAGAAAGUCGCCGCAGAGUUCAUCAAAGAUGACGAAGCAGCUGUGAAGCAGAAUCCAGUCUCGGCGGAGGACUCUUUUGCAAAGUCUAUGGCCGUUGCUAAGGAGAUCGCCCAGAAGCUGGCGGGCCAGCAGAACACACCUCCUCCGUGGGUGUCUAAUCGGGGAAGGAUCCGCCCAAACCUUCCUGCACCCACUGCAGUCCUAAGGAAAACGGCCAUGACGGGUAAACCUGCACCUCUGAAUACCUUCCUCUCCAUCAGACCCCAGAACGCCAGUUUACAAGGGCCCCCUCCAAAAGAUGGACUGGUUUUCCCGGGACCUCUCACCAAGGCUCUAAAUGCUCAGAAUGCACUGCUGGAAGCUCAACCUGAGCCACCAAUUACUAAACCUGGGCCAUUUGGAGCUGUACCUGCACUGGAGGUUGCUAGACCAGAGCCAGUUGAGGCUAACCCUUUGUCGCAGGUGUCAAGACCUGCACCUUUUGUGGUGGAAUCUGCGCCACCAGUUCCUAAAUCUGCACCAAUCAAGGCAAAACCUGCGCUAUCUGAGGUUCAACCUUCACCAUGUGAGGCUAAACCUGCACCGUCUGAAGCUACACAUGCUCCAUGCAUGGCUAGACCUGCACAACCAACAAUGAUAAAAAUAGUGUCUGACGUGGCAGCUCCCGGUGUGCCGGAAAGUGAGCAAACUCGUACAGUGUUUGUCAAGCCUCCACCUUUAGUGACCAUGGGGGACGGAGCUCAGAAGUCAGACAAAGUUAAGAGUAACCUGGCCGCAGCCAAAGCCCAGGACUUGUUCGAUAUCUUCUACCGCAGCGUUGGCCAAUCAGGUGUCUGCUCCAUUGCCAAACCAGCAACUGAUGCUCUAGAUAGCAGAAACAGCACCAAUAAAAGUCAGCUUCCUACCCCGCAAGCACAGAAACCCCAACCUCAGUGUCAGAUUCUUACUCCAUCCCAACCAGCCGUGGUCUGUACAUCCCCACACUCAGUCUCAAACAUUUUGCCAAGUCCCCAGAUCCAGCCAGAAUCAGACAUUCAGAUUGCAUCAGUUUGGUCUUUAGAGUCUACCCCAGCUCCAACACGUGAUGUGGCUCCAUCCGAAACAACUUCACAAACAACCCAACCAAAGCUGAAUCCACCAGCCCAGUCUGAAGCACAGAGCACACCCCAAAACCAGAGGUCAACUCCUCAAUCUGAAUCUCAAAUAACCCCUCAAACUGAGCCUGCUGAGCUGAACCCAACACCUCAAACUCAGUCACAGUCCAAACUGUCUCCACAAAUCCAAUCAGAGCUGCAAUCUGAACCUCAACAAGAUGAGGACGCAGAGCCCUCGCUCCAUCCAGAGACACAUCCUGACACAGCUCGAGAACCUGGAUGUAAACCAGGCCCCAAAACUAGAGGCAAAACGACUCCAACAAAAAGAACUCCUCCUGCCCCUCUCCCUGUCCGACAAACCAGAUCCCAAACCAGAUACCAGACCCGGCAGCAGCAGAACCAUUCUGAGCCGGCUUCAGGAGAUUCUGACUCAGCAGCUUCAGAUCCAAAUGGGCUGGACACAUCACAUCCCGUCUCUGGGUUGCAUCCUGUGGAGGGGGCAACCGGCGAGGGGGACCCUCAGUUGAUGAUCACCACCUCUGAAACCCCGGACCUACCCUCUGCAUUGACCUCUCUGGACUUUGAGUCAGAUCUUAACUUUUUGUAGGAGCUGAGUGGACUGUGUGACAGGAGUCUGGGCAGGGGUUUCCUUCAAACUGCUUGUGUGUUCAGUUUGUUGAGAAGGUCAGAAGCCAGACGCUCAGGCGCUGACGGACUCAAGACUUUUAAAACACUGACCUUCAUCCGUUAAAACACUGACCUUCAUCUGUUUAAAGGACCAGUUUGAUGUUUAGUGAAACCAUCUUGUUCUCUGUCCUCUCCAGAGUCUGAUGUUUAUGAUGGUUGUCAGUUUCAUUCCUGUGCGUCCAGUGCAGAGAUGUGUCCAGGACGUCUCGAGCCCUGUUUGGCACACAGUCUUACACUUUUAUUGAAAAUGUGAUUUACUGAAAGUGUUGCCUUCAGUUCCUGCCUUAUUGUCGUAGACCUCCAUCGGGAAGCAGAUGAUAUUUAGAAACACCUGUAAGACACGAAGGACAUUCUUGUCCUCAGACAUAGAGCUCGUUAGUCGAGACCAGUCAGUCGAUUUGAGUCUGCACACGGGAUGUGAUCACAGGAAGAGAAAUGUAAAACAGUUAUAAGCUGCUUUCUGUGGCCAAAAGAUCUGGGUCUGUUUUUCAUGGUUUGUGUUAGGCCACUUCCCCGAGGGGUCGUAGGAUCAUGUGUAACUCUAUUUUCGAGGUUCCUCUGACCUCUAACGAAUUAAAGGAUAAUGUUUCUCCUCUGGCCUCUAAAAUGACUAAAAUGAUCUUUUUUUGGUUGUGACCCACAGACGUGUGGAACCGUUACCUCAUUUUAAAGAGUCCGAAGUAAAAAGGCUUAGAAUUUAAAAAAAAAAGGAGGAAGUCACAUGUUCAGCUGUCACGUCUGGAGGCAAUGCCGCGCUGUCCACAUACUUUUGGUCAUGUAGUGUAUAUGAGACUCUACAGACAAUCCUUGUUAGUAGGAUCAGUUCAUUGGGUUUUGACAUCCACCUUCCCGGCUGACAGAAGAAGCUCCUGAAGUGUCAAACUGUUCCUUUAAAGAUCACAGUUCUGUCUUUGUCACAUGUUCACAGAUAAAAUCUCUCCUGGAUCUUUCAGCAAACGCUGUUCUUUCUCCUCCUGCAGGUGAAGGACUGGACACCAUAUGUUGUUUUCCUUGUUUUCUAUUCAGGUUCAGACCACAGGUCAGUUUAUUUUUCCUCUUCAAACGAUGACGAGCUGUUUCUCACAGCCCAGCCGGUCCAAUCAGAGUCGCAGCUCGGACCAAAAACGGCCGAGUGACUUUGGAAGCUGCGGGUACAUGGAGAUGUUUGAUGAAGACCCGGGAGCUGAUCACUGUCCUGUGUUUAAAGCACUGAUCUAUGGUCAGAUUCAUUGUGUGUGAGUAGAAACAAACUGCUUUUCUUGUAAAAGUUGUUUCAAUAAAAGUUGGUGAGGAAACAUCAGCUGGUCAGUGUGUUGUGAUGUCACUGCGGUGUUGUUGUAUGUCGAUGAUGCCAUGAUGAGCGCGGCUGCGUUUGAAUGAAAAUGGAUUUUUACUCAAUGAAACAAAGUCGUAUUUUCUCAACAAGGUGAACUUUUCAAACCUGAACUUUUCCUCGUGAUCACAGAGUUACUGAAGCUCACAAGGAAACAAAGUUUGUGUGUAAAUGACAAACAAUCACUUGGUCUCGACAUGUUGGGACAAAAGAGGUUAUAACCACUUUUUUCUGGCAUCAUGAAAAAACAAGAUGAAAGUAAAACGACCAAGCGGUCAAGUUAUCGGUCACAUCAUGUCUGUCCAGACUCGGAUAGUCUCUGCUCUGAAGACAGUGAAGGAGUUUAAUUAAAGGUGUUCAGUGUUUGUUGGUCUAUAGUUACACGUCUGUCCAGAGAGACACAGGCUGUCUUCACUUAGAGACUGUUUGUCCAGAGGACUGACAGCUUCAUCACAUGGAGCAACAAAAAUCACCUGAAGAUCAAUAUCAGCAUGACCAAUCAGCUCGCAGUGACUGUGGUGCUUCAGAUGUGGCCGCUGCUGCAGAGAAGCUGCAGACUGAAACGUGGAGGCUUCACACACGACGAACCUGCAGCUCAGAGCUCAGAAACGUGUUGUGUGAGGUCUCAGUGACCUUUGACCAGUGAAGACGCCAGUCAGACAGUGCAGAGCACAAUGUGAGAGACAAACCCCCCCCCCCUUCAGACUUCUUUCCUCUCGUGACAUUGAAAACAUCAGAAAUGUGGAUGAACAGGAAUCUGUGCUGUGGUGAAUCCAGCAAAUGAAAAACCUGACAAUCACCUCCUUCA